AUGGACAUGGCCAACACAUUGUUCACUCCUGUUAAAGGAAAGCCUCUCAGUCCUUUUAUUUCCAAGCUGAAGCUGCUUCUCAAUGAAGAAAAAUAUCGUAAAGCCAUCCGGUGGUCUGAAAAUGGUGGGGCAAUUCUCAUUUCCGACGGUGAAGUAUUCAAACGCCAGGUUCUAGACGAAAGCGCAGAAAUGUUCAAAACCAGGAACUUUACCAGCUUUGUAAGGCAACUUAACCUGUACGGUUUCCGAAAAGUUCCCGUUAACGGAAAGGGUGAUCCUUCAAAAAACAUGGAGUUUGAACAUGUCCAUUUUAAACGAGAUAAGCCGGAACUAAUGCAUUUGGUCAAGCGAACCUGCCCUUCAAGGAAAAAGAAGAGAGUUGCUCAAGGAACGUUGACUACCAUCAAAAGAGAAAGUCCAUCUUUUCGAGAACAGCGUCAUGACAAAUUCAAGUCACCUGGAGGAGAGGAGAGAGUCUCUGGAAAGUUAAGAAAAAACGAAAGCAGUUUCUACAGCGAAAGUCCGAGUUCUUCGCCGCGCAAUGAAAGGGAAAGCGAAGAGGAAUCGACUGAAUUCAAUCACUCGAGUCACUCUCCGUUUGAAGCAGCACAGAACAACGUUGGAAAUUCCCUACAAGAAUAUUACUAUCAAAGAUUUCAAGAAGAACAGAUCGCAGUUCAGCUUCUGUUGAAUUUGCGUUACUCGUCGUCUUCGCCUCAAAGUUGUGAAAAUUUUCAGCCACAGCCAACUGCUUACGAUCCAUCUUGCGCCGGAUAUUCCAUGUACAUGUACCCUUCGGUACCUUUUUAUGGCCAGUACACUUCCAUGUACUAAUUCAAACAUUGACUAACUUUUAAAUUUCUCAUUUAUUUUGGAUUUUUAUGAUUUUCGAUAGUUUAUUUGAAUCUUAUCUAUUGUUUAAUCAGGUUUUGAUGUUGUCUUCAGCACCCGCCCAAAAUACGCCCUACUUGAUGGGCCACAUAUAAUUCGUACGCAUGUAUUUUUAUGACUCAAUUUAUCGCGUAAGCUCUUUUUAUUCUUACUUCGUCAUUUUUAUAUUUGAGUUUUGAAAAAUUAAGAUUAACAUUUAAAGAUUAUUGCAAUGUAUUACUGUUCAACGAAUUGCUGAAUUAUUCUCACUGCAAGCAUUGUAAUUAAUUUGUAUUUUAGAAUCUUAAAGCACGUUGUAUCAAAUACAGCGAAACUAUAACAUGUAUUAGUAUCUCCAAUUUUUCAUAAGUUAUUAUGAAUUUUAAUAAUCAGUUCUGGAAAAAAAAUCAGUGUCUUUUUGUAACUGAUUACGAUUUUGUGAUGUAAGCGGUAUUCAAAAUGCUAAGGUUGUCAGAAAAGGGAUAAAUGUAAGAUUGCAAUUUAUGGAACCAAUCAUUGACGGAUUUUUUGCAUCAGAAGUGUAUCUUAAGGAGCUGAAUAGACAAUGUUUUAAAUAAACCAUCGCAUCAGUCUGUGUUCUGAUCAUUUUCUAGAUGAAUCCCAUCUUAGUUCCAAACAGAGUAUAACCUGUAAUAUUCGUGCUAAGGAUCACGUUGUGCUGUAGUAAGACACCGAUCAAUUCAUGGCCUGGGGGAGGGGAGGGGAAUAUCAUGGUCGUGUCCCGAUGAAAUUUACCUGUUCCCCCUCUUACGCUCUGCAAACUCUUAUGAUCCCUCCCUCUCCCCCCCACUCCCCCCUUUAUCAGUAAUUCUCAUAUUCCUCCCUUUAUACUCUAUUGGCGACGACUGAUCCCCCUUCCGUUUCCCUGAAAACUAUGUGACCCCACAAAAAUUCUCCACUCCUCCUCAGGCGAUGAAUAAUACAAUAGCCCACGCUUAGUUGGUUGGCAGUGAGCAGUCGCGACUUAAUUAAGAAUUAAUUAGAAUUCUAAAUGAAAUGACCGAGGUAAUUACUUUGCCUUAAAGCCUUACGGCCUUGUGUCUCUUCAUAAAGGGAGCGAUGAUUCAACCUUUUAGAGCUAUUCCAAUUGUCCAAUGAAAACGGUUAUAGUUUGCGCUGGAAAGGGAGUGGAAGAUGAAAAUCAGUUACGAUUAUUGAUUCCAUAAAUUGUAGAAUAUAUUUUUUCAGCGGUUAUGAUUAGAAUUCUCAAAAAUUUGAUAUUUCAGUAACUGUAGAAAUUCUUGCGCGUCCAUUGGCCGAGAGCCAUACUCGGUUGCACCGAGUGCCAUUUUUUCAUUUUUAUCACAUUUUGACGUCGUGUGGAAUCUAUUUCUGAACAUCAGUGCAGUGACACACUUUUUUUGUUUAAAAGUGACAAAAUUAUGAAGUCAACUCCGUAAUCGACCAAAGAAUUUCUUUAGAAAUGCAGAAAGGUUUUCUCUUUUCUUUAAACAUUUUAUCGUGAGUAACUCCCUUGAGACACUUGGAAUACAGAUGUACAGCCCCAAGUCCUGAUCGUAUGGUCCAUUCCUGUAAUUCCAGCAUUUCCCUGAUUUCCUAGGCGACGAGCCCAGUUUGGCGCGCACUUUAACCGGCGGACUUUUCGUGACCCACGUACACGGAAAACAUAUAACCGCGACCAUUAACUUGAAUGGAAUAGUUGAGAUGUUUGUUCCUUUGGACUUUUCGCUAUCUUCAAAACUUGCUUGAAUCAUCAUGGAACAAGACGGCGAAACUGGAGUCGAAGAAAUUCUAUCGAAUGGCCAGCGAGGCUACUUAUUUACAAACUGGGCGAAAACGUUCUCGUGUACACCAGAGCUAUUUUUCGUACCAGAAUCUAUUGAAGAUAUCAGACAAGUGAGUUGAAGAAUAGAGUUAGCAUUUAAUCUAUUUUUCGUUCUAAUAACAAUCGUUGGGGUCAUCCUUAGUCUAAAAAGACAUAUUUUGGUAAAAUUUAUGUAAUUUUGUUUCUUUGUAAAACGUAGAUCCUUCGUGUGGCCACUAAAUUAUGUAAGACUGUCCGUGUUGUGGGCGGAGGACAUUCGCCAUCCGACAUUGCCUGUACUGAUGGGUACAUGAUUAGUUUAAAGAAUAUGAAAGCGGUUUUGGAGGUAAGAGUCGAUUGACGUGUCUUGCUUUUCUAUUUGUUCAUUCGGAGUCUUCAGACUUAUCUCGAUGCACAUGUGUAUUAUGUAAUAUAAGUAUAACUUUCACGAUCAGUUUAAAGUUUCAAGUAUCUUUCACACCUGUGCGUUCGUGAAAGACAAUUUUUCAAUGCCCGCAGGCUUCCUGUCCACUUGUAAACGUCUUUAACAAAAACAUGAAGAGACACGCUCGAGAACGCUAGCCAGAUUGGGUAAAAGUGUCUAGCACAUGCUAGCAGAAGAUUUUCUACUGUAAGCCCGGUAUGCACUGUAUUAGUGAGUACUUUAGUAAAGUGCAGGCAUCUCUUGCUCUGACAAAGCGUUUUUGUCGGGAAAUCAAGUGGACAUGCAUAGGAGUUUUGUCUACUAUAUUCGAUAUUUUGGCUAGUUAUAGGAAAUGAACGGAUGCUCCUAGGGAUUUAUUUAUCCUUUACUGCUUUGAUUGGGAUUGCAUAAGUUAAAAGUACGUAGGUCACGAGAUAGUAUGUUUAUAAUCAUAUGCAUGCCACGUACCAACUGACACGACAAAAAUACAUAAGUAUGCUUCGCAUACAAGAGUUAUGUUUUGGGGUGGGACAAGUUGAGUAACUGAUGUUUUCUCUUCUUUACACGAGAAAGUUUAAGGAUAUUGACUUCAAAAACAUUCCAACGGAAGAACUACUUAACUUUACUUUAGCAUUAUCAACACACCUCUGAUUGUUGUGAAUUAUUAAUAUAUUUUGGGUCUAUUUUCUCUUUUCUUUUAAAUAAUUUCAAACAAAAAUAGAGUGAAUUGGUUCCACACUUACAGCCAUUUCUCUGCCAGUGUCAAAAUAAAAAUUAUUUUACAGUUACAUUGUAACUGCCUGCUAAAUAUUAUAUAACAUAAUUUUACUUGGGAUGCAAAACCAAAAUAUUUAUCCCACUGAACCCAACCAAAGAUCUUUUGGGACCUUUCUUCUCCAUACAAGUGAAAGUACAUGUUAGGGACUUGUCAGAAAUUAGCAGGGGGGGAGGGGGGGUGGGAAUUUUAAAUUUGGGUUAAGAAAUUAGGUGACCCAUCCCUGCAAUGGGAGUGAAAUUUGCUAACCCUCCCCUUGAGCUUGGCCUAAAAUAUCAUGACCCUCCCCCUCUUGUAUAACAGUUUAUAUCAAUAACGUUCCGUAAACCGUUGUAUUUUUCUCUUUUUUUUGCCAAAUAAAGAACUUCCUUUUUCUUCUGUGGGUGAACCUCUACAUGAUCAUGGGCAUAUAUUUGCAUGACCCUCCCCCUUUUAAUUGCCCAUUUUUCAUGACCCCUCCCUUUUCUGAGGCUCAAAAAGUUGUGACCCCCCCUCUCCCCCUGCUAAUUUCUGACAAGUCCCUUACUAUAAAGGUAAAGGGUCACAUCUGAAAGACUUUGAUGUUGGCAUGAUAAUGUGGUCUAUCUGGACUUUAAUGUAGAUUGUGUGACAAAAUACAGGUUGUUUACUUGGAAUUGGUACAUGAUUGGGUUAAUUUGAAGGCAGCUAAGAGCAAAUUAAGAAAUUGUUAGAAUUGCAUGGAAACAUGAUUAGCAAUAAAGCACUCAAGGCUAUGUGAGCUUAUUUUCAAUCAAGUAGGAUUGUGUCAGGGGUUGUUCAUGGGAAAAUGUUGUGGGAUGGGGCAAAGCCUGAUCAGAAAAGUCAAGUAAGAAGAUGGCAAUUUUGGGAAAAUACUGUUUGAACAUAUUACAAGUUUUCAUUGAAAACUACUUAAAGCAAAGAACCAGAGGUCUAAGCGUUGAUUUCAAAACACAGAAAUAAAACAAAGAUAAACUUUUCUCUAAUAAUUUAAUGACAAUGUUGAUGUAAGUUUCUAGUGGGCUCUUCUUUGGUGUGAUAUGAGUAACUUUCAUUGUCUGUAUUUCUUUGGACCAUGGGAGGUCAGGCCAGGUCAAUGUAUUGUUUUCAUGGACAAAAUACUCAACUCUCACAGUUCCUCUCUCAAUCAGACAAGCAUCCCAUCCAGGGGAAGGGGUAAUACUCUUUUUUGCUUCAUGCGAAGAAUACAGGGAUGAGCUCCAGUUGUGGGGAGGGGCACUAGGCUUCAGUAUAGAAUUUACUUUUCUUCUUUUUACCAACGAAUGAUGUAAAAUUUAAUGGAAAAUGUAUUAUUCUCAAAGAUAGCUAGUAGAUAACAAUACCAAUAAUAAGUGUUAUUUUAGAUAGACUAUGACAAGAAACAAGUGACAGUUGAAGCUGGUUUGAUGGUUAGUGAACUCAACGAGUUUUUGGCUGACUAUGGCUUAGCAUUACCCAGGUAGGUACAUGUAUUCACAGACAAAGUUAGCUGGUACAAGGCUUUCAGUUCUAUUCUUUUCAAAGUUGUCAUUUGGAAACCUUAAGUCAUUUAAGUAUUGCCAGAAAAGAAACCUGAAUUACAAGCAAUAAAUUAUAUUCAGAGGCUCAUACAAUGUCUGAAACUGUAACAUAAAUUAACCCUUUAAUUAAUUAACUCCCAUGAGUGACCAAGACAGAAUUUCUCUUUACAAUGUUAAUACAAUAUCAAGCAGACAAGUGAUGAGAAUAAAGAAAAAUAUCAAUUUGGGAAUAAUUAGGUGAUCCAGUAUUAAAUUCUCUGCACUGACAUGAUAAGAAUUAUAUGGUUGACACUAAAGAGAAUUAAAAUUUGAUCUGGGAGUGGAAGGGUUAAUCCCUUGAGGAAACCACUUGAAGCAGCAUUUACUGGUAAGUACUCCUCAUGAUUCAAAAGUGUUAUCUUCAGUCACACUCACAUUAUGAGAACUGACAGGCUAUUAUUUAUCAGCUCAGUUCAUAUCAGUUAGAGGAUGUUUUGUAGACAUAAACCAAAUUCUCCCAAGUCAUUUGCAAGGAAAUGUUUGACCAUCAGAAUAAACAUUGUCUUGAAUGCAGAUGUUUAUCUGAUGUUAUCUGUGGACCAUGAACACUUAUAACUAAAAGACACACCUCUGACAGUUUAUUACAUUACUGCAAACCAUUAAGGUCACCAAAUUGAAAACUUACGCUUUAAAUUUAGAUACCAAAAUAUUUUCAAAGGUGACCAAAACAUUGUAGCACAAAUAGCUCAGCUGGUCAUGGUGAGUUGGCAUAUUCUUAAUCCCUUGACUCCCAAGAUCUGAUUUUAAAUUCUCCCCUCUAGCUACUACACAUUUCCUUGUAAACUAGUUAAAAGAAUUUGGUGUGACAACUGUUGAUCAAGAUAACAACUUUUGCCAACCAAUUGGGUAUUUUCAUUACCUGUUUGAUGGAUUAUGUGUAGAUGUAAUAAAGAAAAAGUUACAUGUUAAUCACUUCUGAGAAUUGAACAAUUAAUUAAAAUUGAAAAUUGUGAAUCACUUCUGGGAAUUGAAGGAUUUGUCAAUAUCAAUAACUGAGUGCACUUUUAUUGUAACAUGAUUUUAGUAACCAAGUUUCUACUUUUAAGUCACAUACUUGUUAAAAUGGACACAGUGUUAAUGCUUCUAACAGGAACUGUACCUGUAAAACUUACACUUUGUUUGUUUCUUUGUUUGUUUGGUAUGUAGUCUUAGUUCAGUGUCAGAGAUUUCAUGUGCAGGUGCCAUUGGUACAUGUACACAUGGUUCAGGAAAAAACUUUGGCAUUUUGGCUAUGUCAGUAAGUUUCUCACAUACACAGCAUUGAUACAGUCCAUUAUGUAUGCUUGCUCCUCUACUACAUGAAAUUUCAUUAUUGUGGCAUGAUAAUCAAUUAUAUUUCAAAAUGUGGUCAAAUUUUUUUUAUCCCUUUCUGAGUUGCUAAUUCCUUUGUGGAAAGAAGAACCUGCUUAAUUAAGUUGCCCUGCUCCUGAAGUGGCUUUGUGGCCCAGUUGGUGGAAGAAGUGCCCAUGCAACUUGAAUCUGGGUGGCGCAUUAGUCUGAAUCCUGUUGAAGUCAAAUUUUUCAGACUUCUUCUCUGCAAUUGCUUUCAUUGCAGGUUUCUCAGGAAGACUGUUUCCUUAGUUGUUUACUUUGCAUAUGAUCAGUGGGUCAGAAUAUUAUUAUUUUAUUUAUUUUCAUUCUCAACAGUUAACUAAAUUGGUGUUUAUUUUACAUGGCAUUGUACAUCAGGGAAUUAUGUUCCUAAAUUUUGAUGCCUUUGGGCAAUUUUUCAUACAGAAAAGGAGAAUAUUCUGCUAAAUUAGGUACUACUAUUUACUAGACAAAGUACUCUUAACUAUCCUUCAGUAAAGCCUGCCUAAAGCAAGGCAAUUUUUUUUCUCUGCAGGUUGUAUCCCUUGAACUGAUGACAGCCAGUGGUAAGGUCCUCUACUGUAGUAGAGAGAAAAACAAGGAAAUAUUCCUAGCUGCACUUUGUGGUCUUGGUGCUGUUGGGAUAAUUCUCAGUUUGACUUGGCAGUGUGAAGAGGCUUUCAAAUUACAGGAGACAAGCAAACCUUUAAUGCUGGAGGAGGUAUGAUGCUGGUUGUGCAGUUAUUCAUUAAUAUGUAAUUUUGAUUCUUGGAAGGAUAAACUUUACCCUAUAAGGACAAAAUUGUUUGGAUCAAUAUCAGUAUCUGGGCAACUGCCCAUCUACCCCUCCCCUAACUCAACAACAGUCAAUUGAUAACAAGUUAGGGUUAAUGUUGGGUUAGGGGAGGGGUAGGUGGGCAGUUGCCCAGAUACUGAUAUUGAUCCAAUUGUUUCAAUUUAUAAGGAUACACACAGAGAAUGACUGGUGACUGAAAUAAAUGUUGAAUUAAACCUACCACAGGCUUACAACAAUCAGCCUCAAGAGGGAAAGCUGUGGAAAUAUAUAGAGAAUUAAAGUUUCUAUAGAUGACUUAGAAUUUAUAUUAAUUCCCCAACUACACCCUCUGACACAAAUAAAACACAAUUCGCUUUUUGGCACAGAGAGAAGUUUAUUAAGAAUACGAAUCAACAGUAAACAAAAGCUAAUGAUAUGCUUAAUAAACCUCUCUGCCACCCUAAUGACAUCACACAAAAUCAUCCAGGGUAGGAGGGUGGGUGGAAAGGAAAACAAAACAGUACGCAAUCUCUGGUAUACGCUCGAAGUGAAAACUGAUGCAAAAUGAAACACAAAACUCCUCUUGCCUUGUACUAGAAUGUGUGUGUUGCACAAUCAAUCCCUUUGAACACGUGCUUGUCCAAAGGGGGUAAAUUUUUGGUCAUAAAUGACCUGAUUUCAGCAAUUUAGUGUAUGUGUCACAGUGACUGUAAAUGAAUAUGAUUACUUCACUCAGCAUGUUUAUUUCUUCUUUUUUAUAGUUAUACAUUGUAAUUUUGAUGUGACUGUUAAUUAUUUUCUCAGAUGUUAGAAAAUCUUGAAACAAGCAUAUCAUCCAGUGAUCAUUUCAAGUUCCAUUGGUAUCCACACACAGGAUAUGUCAAAUGCUAUGAGGUCAAUAGGACUGCCAAGGUGAACAAUCUUCCAUCUUAAAUUUUUAUAAUCUAGACAAGCCUUGUGAUGAAAAUUUUUAAAAUCAGUGAAGUGAUAAUGAUUUGCUGUUGUUUCUGUUGAAUAGAUGGAAAAUGAGAAACUAAAGAAUAAAACAAAUCAAUCAAACUCCACAAGAAGCAAUUUAAACCAAAAUAAACACAAGCCAUGAUUAUCAUAUACUGUAUUUAAAGUACUUAAAUCUUUCAAUAGUCCACAAUAAUAACCUAGCAGAUAAUAAAUGUCCUUUGAAAAGAUGAAACUAAAUAUAUUUUGAUCUUAAGAAGGCUAUACGCUUACAAAUGUCUGGGUUUAAUUUCUGCAUUGUUCCUGGGUGUGGUCUUUUAUCCUCCUGAGAAGUUCAAUCCAUGUGGUUUUGGGGAAGGACCCCCUUGGCUUGUUUCCCAGACAGUGCCUCAUAAUUCAAGCCUACAUGUUGCACAUGGCCAAAUAAGUAGUAUUUUGAAACUCCAACUUAAUAUUAACUGCUUAUAAACCCUUUAACUCCCAAGAUCUCAUUAGUAAUUCCCUACCACUGUCUGCCAAAUGAUUCUCAUUGUGUUAUUUAGGAGAAUUAGAUAAAUUAGUAAUUCCAUAAUUGAUAUUUUCCUUUAUUUUCAUCACUUGUCUGCAUGAUAUUGGAUAGAUUUAGUAAGGAGAAACUUUUUCUUGGUCACUCAUAGGAGUUAAUGGGUUAACCUCCAUUUGACACAUCUGCUGCUCUAAAAGUGCCUAUCUUGUUAAUUAUCUUUUAGCCCAUAGAGGACAAUCCAAGUUGGUUUUGGGACUAUGCUGUGGGUUAUUACUCCUAUGAGCUUGUGCUUUGGUUAAGGUGAGAGUGCUACACUUCACGGCAUUUUUUUUUUCUAUUAUUGUAGACUAAAAAAGGUCAAACCUUAUUUCAGUUGUUAAAGUAUAUUUUGUAUACUGAAAUAUACUUUUCAAAUUGUUGUAAUGUAACUUAACAAAUUAACAUACACUUUUUGAUAAUUUGAAUUUGAUUUAACAGCUUUUUGUUGUCUUUCAUUAAUUUUAUAGCUCAUUUGUGCCACCUUCCCUACGAUAUGUGAACUGGGGUCUUUUUAAACUCUUCCACUGCAAACCUCACAGCAGAGUGAAUCAAAGCCACAAGGUAGGAUGGAACUCACUCUCAGAAUUUUUCCUCUCACUCUCAAUUACAAUUUUCAUUCAGGAUUGUAGUAGCAGGAAAGUAGUGUGAAGUAACAGUCAAUAAUAAUAAUUGACGAUGUAUGUACCAGGUAAAACACAAUAUAAAAACAUUGAAAACAUUUGUGAGUUUAGAUUUGGCAAGUAGCUGAUACUUGCUGAAACAAUGGUAAAUUGUUUAUCAUUCUUAUUACUGCUCUAAGUGAGUGUCAUUUCUCUAUAGAGAUUAAUAUAAUGACAUUUUGGAGAGUAUAGCACAUAAUUGUAUGUUCUCACCUAAAUUUAAAGUUGGAAACUCACACUAUAACAAUUAAUUUAAAAUUAUUUUGUUUGUCAGGUUUUUAACUUUAAUUGCCUGUUCAAGCAGUAUGUGACAGAGUGGGCCAUUCCCCAGUAAGUUUUUUUUUCUUUUUUUUUGAAAUACUGUGUGCCAUAGUGGCAGGGAGGGGUAAGAGUACCAUGUAGGCAUGUAGGGUGGAGGUAAAUGUAUAAAAUUAAAAAGGUAGCCAUGAAACAAAAAACUCAGAAAAUAGGAUUAUGGAAAUAGCCACUGAAUGUGAUUCAUUGUAAUCAAUUGGUCAUUGCAUCAGCUAAAAUCACUACUUCCUCCUAACUGUUGGCUUGGCCACUUGAACAGUGAGUUGGAACAAAAAGGAAUAUAAGAAUAUUUAGCGAUUUUGUAUACUCCCGAUGUGCUAUCAUUUUCUUGGGGAAAAUUAAAGCACUCAUUGCCUUACCUUUCAGGUUUUAAUUGAGUUUUCAUGCAGUUCGCCAACCUCCCACUUUGUUUAUAGUAUCACCUGGGACUAGUAAACACUGACAUUGCAGUGAGGAUGGAAGCUAAGCCUAAAUAUUUAGUAUUGAGUUUUUACUAACAUUUUUUUUCCUUUUCCUUAGGGAUAAGACAGUGUAUGUACUUAGAAAGCUUCAAAACUGGCUCAAGGAGUCUGGAUUUCAUGCACAUGCACCUGGUAAAACCCCAACUUUUAUUUUCCAUAAAAGCCAUAGAGUCAUAUGUUCAAUCUCCUAUUCCCAUUAGGCUUUCUCUAUACAGUCAAUUCUCGCCCUGCGGACACCUCACUAUUGCAGACAAGAGCCAGCCCGCUGCUGAAAUGCAUAAAGAAAUGGCUGUAAUAAACUCCUGUUAUUAUGGACUCUUGCUACUAUAUAUAUGGAAAUGUGGAUGCUUUCAUGCCCCCCCUCCCCCAGUGCAAUGUUUCACUUGUUUUUUUUCUCUCACUAGAGCAAACACUUAAGUACUUCUUCCAAAAUAUUGACUCACAUAAUAUUAAGCAACAUUACAAUAAAAGAAAAUAAGGAAACCAUUCUUCAAUUGGGUGCAAAAAGAAGAAUUUCCUGCUUGCAACUGGAUCUUUUUCUGGUUUGUGAGGCCACAAUAGAAACUUUAUGUCUGCAUAGUUACAUAUUAAUUAUUAUUUCAUAUGUUUAGAGAAAAAACAAUUUUAUUUUCUCUGAUAACCCUCCAUUACUGAAUCUUGCUAUUAUUUAUUUCUUACAGUUGAAGUUAGGUUUGUAAAGAGAGAUGACAUCUACUUGAGUCCAUGUUAUGAACAAGACACCUGCUUUAUCAAUGUUAUUUCUUAUAGGUAAGUAACAGUCUGUUUUUUAUUUUUAUUUUGGGGGGAGUGUUUGGAAAGCUUAGAAGCUCUGCAAAAAUUAGUUUUAAACCCUAUGCAGUAGUCUACAAAACUAAUCAUUCACAAUAUAUAUUUAAUGUUAUGUUUUUCUCUGAGCUUGAAUAAAUGCAGGGAUGUAGGAAUCAACCUACAUACAUGUAUAAUUGCUUUCUAGUCAAUAGCUUAUUUCACUAAGUGGUGCACUUGAAAGGUAUGGAAUAACAGUAAAAAUUGUACAAAUGUAUUUUCACACUUGAAAGGGUUAUUUCUUUGAGAGCAUAUUUAGUUAUAUUACUGUUUUGUUGUUGUUGAUUUUUCUAUUUUUGUUUCUGUUUUUCUCUGCCCCUAUGGAGAAUUUUUUGCUCUCUUCUUACCUCCAACAUAUCUGGAAGAUAACUCUGAGGGUGUUGUUGGUAGCAAUAACUAAAUUAUGUGAAGUAUCAAAAAAAAUCACAGCAUGUGAUUUGGAGAUGGAUGAAAGCUUUUUUUCCAAUAUAUUUCCAUCUGCCAGUUCCUUGCACUGCAGCUGUUCCCCCUGGUACUUAAUGCUGUAACUUAUUUUCUUUUUCAUCAACUUGUUCAUUCACUAUCUUUUGUUUGCAAUCAUGUUUUUCCAGGCCUUAUGAAAAAUCACUUCCACAUGAAAAUUAUUGGGAAUACUAUGAAAACCUUAUGCUUUCAGUUGGGGGCAAGCCGCACUGGGCAAAGGUAAAUUUUAAUUUAUUAGAAUUCACUGUAAUUUGUUUAGAUUAAUGCAAUAUUUUCCAGUGAUUUAAACAUGGUCAUAAAGACUAGGUCCAAGCUUACAUUGCACCCAGUAGCUUUCCCUCCUACUAAACUAAGAACAUAGAAUGAUGAUAAUAAUAAUAAUAAUGAUGAAUGAUAAUAAUGAUAAUAAUAAUAAUAAUAAUAAUAAUAAUAAUAAUAAUAAAUAAUAAUAGAAUAAGAAAUAUGGUAAGUCUUAAGCUCGGUAAAGAAAUAGAGAAAGAUUUGCUUUGCUCACCAUAGAGUCUCUGUGGCUCAGUGGUAGAGAAUCAGAGGUCUGAGGUUCAAUUCAUCAAAGGUACUCAGAAUUUUUUCUUUGUUCCACGCCUUGUUGUGACAAGAUGAAAACAUCUUUCUCUUCAACAAUAAUAAUAAUAAUGAUAAUAGUGAUGAUAAUAAUAAUGAUGAUAAUAAUACAAAACUGUUUCUUCUUAUUACAAGGCACACAAGUUGACAUCAUCAGAUUUUGAAAAAUUAUACCCCAAGAUACACAAGUUCCGAGAGGUCUGCCAGAAGUUAGACCCUCAAGGAAUGUUUCACAACGACUACUUGAAGAAGGCCAUCUUUGGACCAGCACAGAAACCUGAAGUGGACAACAAAAAGACUAACGACAAGUAAAGUCGCCCUGGCGACCAACUAGCUUCUCUGGGUAUGGGAGGG